AUGUCUCGAUCCCGCGGUGUUCCUGAUGAGGAACUCUUCAUCAGCAGGCCUCGCCCUUCGGAUGAGGAUUGCGAUAGUCCCACCGUUGAACCUCUGAGAAUCUUCAAGCCCAUGAGCCCGAAACCGCCCGGUGCCGCCGACAAGGCAUCUGAGAACCGCUACAAGUACCCCGCCCCGCCAACAUCGUCGGCCGCGUCAGCCUCAGCUUCCAAGCCGUCCGUCGCCCCUUUACCCGGCCUCCCGGGCCUGCCUCCGCUGCCAUCCUUCCCUCUCCCGCCCGGAGCUUCGAGUUCGGCCGCCCCUCUCCCGUACCCGGACGACGACCUCUCUCGACCUACACAGGCCUCCAAGCCAGCCCGAGCCCCAUACCCCGUCGAUGACGUGCGCAGGCCUUCUCCCGCCUCCAGCACUGGGCGCAUCUAUAGCCCCCCUCCGGUCUCCUCGAGCCCCCAGCUACACAACGAUACCACUCCACGGUUGAACAUAAGUCCCAUUGAGAAGAAGCCAGGGUUGGCCGACAGACGCGGAGCUGUCCCCAAGCCUCUACAGAGUCCCGAUAGUCCCAAUGGGGAUGACCUGUUUGCGAAGCCCUUGGGUCGGCCUCCCCAGCAGCCAGCCCCGCAGCCUGUUCAUCCUGCGCAGAGAAUCUCCAAUGCCUAUCAGCAAAAGCCUUACUACCCUCCUCCCGGAGGUGGCAACGUUCGCAUGAACUCGGAGCCCAGCAUUGCCCGUAUCUCUUCAACGGCUUCCACUUCGACCACGCGGGCCAGCCGUGGGUCGCCUCCUCCUCCCGAGACGCCCAUUGUUGAGCCGGGUGUGGUUCCAGGAGGCGGAAUCGAGGCUCGCUAUGCCGCUGCUGGCAUUUCGGGGACCGCAACCCUCACGAGUCUCCAGGCACAAACUGCGCAAAGUGCGGCGGCCCAGUCGCGUCUGGCGCAAUAUGGUGGACAGAGACCUCCAUCUCAACCACAACAGCAUAGCCAGCAUCCCGCGCUCGCUCAGUCCCAGCAGCAGCAAACGCAAGCCCAGGCGCAACCACCUCGGCCUUGGACUCCGACCGAGACUCCGGACCAGCAACCGUUCGGGCCCCCUACCGUCUACCAAGGCGAUGCCGUCGCUCAGAAUCCUCAGCCAGCGAGGCCCCAGCCCCAACAGCAGAAUAGCUUCAACCUUCCCAAGAACCCCGAGCCUGUGAGCAAUGCGCCGGCUGGAUCUAGCCUCCAAGUGAGCGUUCUGGAGCAGGACUUCCAACGCAUGCAGGCUUCUACUCCUCCGCCGGCCUAUAGCAGUGUCACUCCGAAUGCUUCUUCGAACUACCCAGCCGAGAAACAACGGCCGGCCCAGACACAUCCGGCCACUGCCACCACCACCAACAACAACAGCAGCAACAACAACAGCAACUACAAUAACGCCACUCCGAAUCCAACAUCUCGUCCAGCAACAACUGCAUCUGGCACUAGUAGCCGGCCAGUUAAUACUGCCUCUCCGGCUCCGGCUUCAUCCAUCCACAAGCCCAAGCCCGUUGCCGUGGCUGCUUCUCAAACUCCAGCACAACAGCAUCCCGGACACCCGGCCUUCGCCAAUGAGCCCCAGCACCCGGCUCAGGUUGCCCACAAUGUCGGACAUCCGGCCCUGCAACACACGCCGUCUCUCAUGGCUUCCACCCAGGCACCGCCGCCGUUGCCGGAGGGCUGGAUUGCCCAUCUUGAUCAAAACUCGGGUCAAUAUUAUUACAUCCACUUGGCCACACAAGCCACGCAGUGGGAGUUCCCCAAGGGCCCCAACCCCAUCAACCACGAGGCGGCGCCCUUGUCUCCCACGGCGUCAACCUACGGCAACCCUCUUGCCUCGCCUCUUCUCGGGGGCAAGACCGGCUUGGCUUCUCCCAUGUUCCACCCCCAGACCCCCGGCUAUGCCGAGAGCAUCAUGACCGUCGCCUCCGCCGCACCCUCCGGCUUCACUGGCCCACCCCCCAGCGCCGGCGUAGACAUGUACAAAAUCAUGCCCACCAACGGCGUCUACUUUGGCCCCUACCUGCGCUACGUCAACAUGGACUUGGAGAAUGGCGUCUGGCACGGUAGCAUCCUGAUCGUGACGGACGCGCCCCAACCGCCCACCAUCCACAUCCACCUCAGCGUCGACCUCUCCCCGAACCCGCGCCAGCUGAUCCCGCAUAACAUAUGGACGCACCAGCGCUGGGUGUUUUACAAGUACGACAUGGACUUGCAAAUGUCCGAGCACGGCACCGAGCGCUGGACCUACGCCGUCACCUCGCACUUGGGGUGCACGCGUUACGAGUUCAUCGUUGCAGGGCGGUAUGAGACCGGGUGGCGGAUGAUUGCGCAUUCGGGUAAUGACUUUGCUCCGUCGACGAACCAGAACGAGCGCGCAAAGCUGGGCGGCGUGGGAUUCAUGUGGAAGGAUAUCCUGCAGAAGAACGUCGAGUGCGGCGGCUUUCAUGUCCAGCUGGGUCUGGGCGACCAGAUUUAUGGUGAUCGGCUCUGGCGCGAGGUACCUAUCCUCAAGCAAUGGCUUGCUAUCGCCGGGAGAGAGAACCGCAAAAAUGUCCCCUGGACGGCAAGACACGAAGAGGAUGUCACGCAUGCUUACUUCCACUACUACACGAGCCACUUUGAUCAGCCGUUUAUGCGCGAGGCGUUUGCGCAGAUUCCGCAUGUCUUGCAGAUCGAUGAUCACGAUAUCUUUGAUGGGUUUGGUUCCUACCCGGAGUACAUGCAGUCAUCGGCGAUUUUCAAGAAUAUCGGGCGGAUUGCGAUUGAUAUGUACCUCCUAUUCCAGCACCACACCACCGUCGAAAUGCUGCGCAAUGUCAGCUCGGAUAUGGACCUCUUCACCAUCACCGGCGCCGGCUGGCAUUUCGUCAAAUACCUCGGUCCUGCCGUCGUGGUGGUAGGACCUGACUGCCGCUCUGAACGCACGCAGACGCGCGUGAUGGCUGGUCCCACGUACCAAGGUCUAUUCCCCAAGGUGGCCAUGUUACCGCCUAGCGUGCAGCAUUGUAUCUGGAUGUUAUCUGUGCCCGUGGUCUACCCACGGUUGGAAACCGUCGAGACGCUGGCGAAUACGUUUGCGACGGGCAAGAAGGCGGUUAACACGACAUAUAACUUGCUGGGUAAAGUGACGAGCUCGGUGGCCGGUGUGGUGGGAGGAAAGGAGGUUGUGGCGCAUGGAUUCAAGGAAGUAAAGAGGGCGGUGGGCAAGAGCGGACUGAUGGGUAAUGUGCUGAAUCAGUUUGGCGAGAUCGACAUCGCGGAGGAGCUGAAAGACUUGUGGACGCAUGAGAGCAAGGAUCUGGAGAGGACGUAUUUGAUUCGAACGCUACAGGGGAUUGCGCAGCAGAAGGGGAUCAGGAUGACGUUUUUGUCUGGUGACGUCAACUCCGCCGGCGCCGGCCUCCUUCACGACCCCUCACACCCCUCCGACCACAAAACCAUGUACCAACUCAUCACUUCCCCCAUCGUCGCCGCCCCGUGCUCUUCUUAUCUACUCAAGGCCCUCCACUCCGGCUCCAACUCCAACAAACUACUCUACGUGCCUCUAAACGGGCACAAAUCCACCCACGAAGUCUCCGACACCAAGGAAGACAUGAUGGAGAUCUUCCAUACCGAUGCGAGCGGCGCAGCAAGGGAGUACAAGAAACUCAUGGCGCGGAGGAAUUACGUUGCGAUUGUGGCUUAUGACCCGGAUGCGGGGGUCAAUAUGGGGAUGGGCAUGGGGGGACAACAAACUGGGUAUGCGGCGAGUGUGCAUAGUGGAGGGUCUAACGGCAGUGGACUGAAUAAACUCAGUCUGGCGGUGGAUUUUGUGGUGCAGGGCGAUGGGGCGUUUACGGCCACGACCAAGUAUGGGCCAGUGAUUGUGCCGCAUUUGGAGUAUGGGCAUUAGUUUUUGUCUUGGGGGUGGGUAUCUGAGUUUAGGGAUUAGGUGAGGGGGGUGAGGAUGUUGGACGGGUAGGAGGAUGGAUGGAUGUUGCUGUUGCUGUUUGAUAUCUUGGAUAUAGCGAGGAGGAAGCGUCGUGAUAGGCUAUUUUUUUUUUUCUUCUGUUCUAUUUUGUUCUAUUU